AAGCUGCCAACUUACCUUUAUAACAUUCACACCGACUUGCGACUUGCCGACCUUCAACAUAUAACCUAUAAAUCUUCGUGACGCACUUGUGCUCUUCUACAUUUCUUUUCUGCGACUCAAAUUAUAUUCUUUUUUUUAAGUUACAUAUAUUCCAUGGAGUCGAUCAGCAACCACUUAACAUGGGAAUGAUCGUUCCUUUUCGUUACUAAAUUCUUUAAAUUUUGCAGCUAAUAAGUUCGACCAUCGCGAACAGAGUUUUGAGGUGCUACCGUACCUAGUAUUUUUUACACUUCGUUACAUAUUUCUACCAAGGCAGAAUUAAGUUUUCUCCCAGCUUGAUCGCGAAUCGUUCUGCUGUCACCAAGGAAGCGAAGAAGUCCCUGUGUGCCGUCAUGGCCCCGAAUAAUAGCAAAACGGCUGUUGCCGAAUGCAUCUCGGAUGAUGCUCUAAUACACCUAAAGUCUUACAAGUACUCGGCCGUCGACAAGUCCCCCAUCUCUAAUUAUAUCCUCCGUCCCUACUGGAACGCCUUCGUCGAGCUUCUACCGUUAUGGCUGGCACCCAAUAUGGUAACCCUGAUAGGGUUCAUGUUCAUUCUAGUUAACAUCGCUUUACUGGUUAUAUUUAUGCCAGAUCUAGUAGGACCGGGCCCGUCGUGGCUUUACUUUAGCUUCGCCUUUGGCCUUUUCAUGUACCAGACGAUGGACAAUAUCGACGGAAAGCAGGCGCGCCGAACUGGCACAUCGAGUGGUCUGGGAGAGCUCUUCGACCACGGCAUCGACUCCUUAAACUGCACUCUCGGCAGCUUGCUAGAGACGGGUGCCAUGGCUCUGGGAAACUCGAAAUCCGGCGUCUUUACCGCCCUGUGUCCUUGCUUGGCCAUGUUUUUCUCGACCUGGGAGACCUACCACACCCACACGCUGUACCUAGGCUAUUUCAACGGCCCUACCGAGGGUCUCCUGAUUGCGUGCAGUCUGAUGGCUAUCUCGGGCAUCUACGGACCCGGCAUCUGGACGGAACCUAUCGUUAAUAUCGUAGGGAAGCAUAACCUCUUCGGGUUCGACGAAUUUGUCGCCGACCAUUCGAUUCGCGAUAUCUGGAUCCUCAUCAUUAUCGGCUCGCUCGUCUUGUUUCACAUGCCGUUCUGUGUCCUAAACGUUGUCAAGGCGAGACGACGUAACAACCUUCCGGUCCUCCCUGUUUUCCUCGAGUGGAUCCCCAUGGGUAUAUAUACCUUCUCGAUCGGCGCAUGGCUAUACUCUCCGCAUUCGACGCUGAGGAGCGAGAACCAUCUGGUGCUGUUCUGCCUGACCAUGUCUCUUGUGUUCGGGCGCAUGACGACCAAGAUGAUCCUGGCCCAUCUCACCCGCCAACCCUUCCCGUACUGGACCGUGAUGCUAGCUCCGCUCGUAGGCGGCGCUUUCCUGGGUAACCUUCCGCGGCUCGGCCUCCCGGCUAUCACCGCGGAUCUCGAACUCUACUACCUGUGGGCGUACUUCGUUUUUGCGUUCAUCGUAUAUUUCCGAUGGGCAUAUCUCGUCACAACCAGCAUAUGCAACUUCCUCGGCAUCAACUGUCUCACCAUCCCCUUCGAGAAACAGCUCGAGAACAAGCGGAAGCAGGAGCUUCUGGCGAACGGCAACGCGAACGGGAAGAAGUCUCAGUAGAUGGUGCCGACUCGAUGGCGUAUGCGAUAGGGGCGUUGUGGAGUGGGAGGAUACAGUGGAUAGAGUACGACGUACAAUUCUGGAAAGAUGCUUCCUCGCCGCGUUUUUAUCCCGAGUAUCAGCGUUGGCUUUCUUCUACGCGGGAGCUAGAUUUUUCUCCACUCUUACUUACCUACAUUGCAUUGUUGUAAUAUACUAGAAAAAAGGAACCAGGACUAUAUUGUAGAUAGGCGGACAGGGACUUACUUCACUCGGCGCAUCGGGUACCGCGGCCUCUUAGCUGCGAGGCCUUGGUUUGGGGGCGAUAUUAGAGGAUGGGUAGGGAGAGAGCGUGGGUGUGUCGGGCUCGUCAUAAAAAGGAAGAAAAGAAAACAAAGAAAAGAAGAAGAGAAAGGCCCGGGGACAGCCGUGUAUAUUUUACGAACGGGAGAAUCUACUUUUCUCGGCCUUUGCGCUCGACAAUGGACCCGACAUGGGAGGUAGGGCGUUCUCUCGUCGAUCUACGAAGCGAGGAGAGGAGAGUAGAGCAGAGGGAGACGGUAAUUAAUAGCGGUUGCAUUUGCAUUGCGUUGGUGGGCAGUCAUUCUGAAUAGAGAUGGGGAUAGUGAUGAUAGAGGAAUGAAUCGAAGAGGAAUUUCUCUUGCUUUUCACGUACUGCAAGAGGAAGACAUGGAAAUGAUG